AUGUCGACUGUCGCAGACGAUCUCCUCAACGAUUUUGGGAGCUCAGGCGAUGAGGCCGAAGAAGAACUCAACGAUGGCCUCAUCAAGGAUGAAGAGGCAACCGGCAACCGUGACGCCAUGCAGUUGGAUGGCGACGCGGAGACGAGGUACGAUGAAGAUUCGGAUGAGGGAAUGAACGACAGAGAAGACUCCGAAGCAACAAAAGUAAAGGUCGAGAAGAUGCAGCUUGGAGGAGUAAAGGAUGUUAGAAGCGUUGCCAACCUCAUGCAGACGCUUGAACCAGUUCUCGAGAGAAUCGCACAUUACCGAUCGCAAGCCGCGACGCAGAAUACCAACGUCGGAAACAUCGAAGAUCAUCCCGAGUAUCAUCUUCUGACGCAGUCCAACAGCCUUUCGACCCAGAUCGAUGGCGAGGUUGUCCUCGUUCAUAAGUUCAUUCGCGACCACUACUCGACGAGGUUUCCCGAGCUCGAGCGACUUGUCACGACGCCAAUCGAAUAUGCCAAGGUCGUUGCCAUCAUCGGAAAUGGUCCGUUGGACUCGGAGAGUAUCAAGGCCCUGCAGACUUCGACUGACAACCCGCUUGGAAUAACACUCAAGUCCGUCCUUGAUGGGCCGUCACUCAUGAUAGUGACGGUGGAGGCCACCACAUCAAAGGGCCACGAGAUGACACCCGAAGAGCUUGAGCGCGUUUACAAGGCAUGCGAUAUGGUUAUUGCCCUCAACAAGGCCAAGCAGACUCUCGCCGAGUACGUGCAGUCGCGCAUGAACAUUUUUGCGCCAAACCUGACAGCCCUCGUUGGUUCUCUUACGGCCGCCCAACUCCUCAACGCGGCAGGGGGCCUGACAGGUCUCUCCAAGACGCCUGCUUGCAACAUCGCCUCUUGGGGAUCCAAGAAGAAGCACUCGGGGCUUGCUACGAACAUAGGUGUUCGGCAGCAGGGCUACCUUUACAACUCGGAGAUGAUCCGAGGCAUUCCCACCGACUUGAAAAAACAAGCCUUGAGAAUCGUGUCGGCCAAGCUAGUUCUGGCUGCCCGGGUUGAUCGUACACACUCCAGUCCUGAUGGAUCCACAGGAGAGGAGCUCAAGUCAGCAUGUCUUGAGCGUCUUGAGAAACUGACAGAGCCACCUCCCAACAAAGGACAGCGUGCGCUCCCUGUGCCAGACGAUAAGCCAUCCCGCAAGCGAGGUGGACGACGCGCUCGCAAGGCUAAGGAGGCUCUCGCUAUGACUGAUCUUCGCAAGCAGCAAAACCGUAUGGCAUUUGGCAAAGAGGAGAGGGAGGUUGGAUACGGCACUGGCGAGUCAACUGUUGGUAUGGGAAUGAUUGGUCAGUCCAACGACGGCCGCAUUCGCAGUACGCAGAUCGACCAGCGCACACGCGCAAAGCUCAGUGCCAAAAGCAAGGGCUGGGGCGGAAACAGCACCGUGGGUGGUGCUGCGUCGUCUAUCGGUGGUUUUGGCCAAGCAUCGAACAUUGAUCUACGAGGGCGCGGCUUACGAGCCUCGGGAGUUGGCAGCACCAUCGGUUCAGCAACCGGCACAGCAUCGUCUUUGUCAUUCACGCCCGUCCAAGGUCUGGAGCUUGUUGACCCCAAGAUGCAGGCAGAGCUCAGCAAGAAGCGCAAGGCCGAGGAGGACCGCUGGUUCAAGGGCGGCAGCUUCACACAGGUCGGAGGGUCGUCGAGUGGAAGCGUUUUCAAGGUGCCGGCGCUCCCAGCAGCCAAACGCGUCGAUACAGGGUCAACCAAAACGGGUGCAUCAGCAUCAAAAUAA